AUGCCUGUGAUUAUUCCAACAAGUUGGAGAGAGAUCCUUCUCUACCUCGCCUUGGCCACGGGAGCCAUCUUUGCAUGCACUGCAGUCUACAACAUCCUUUUCCACCCACUCCACACCUUCCCCGGGCCCAAGUCGCACGCGAUAUCUCGCAUCCCUUAUACGUACCACUGGAUCCGUGGGGACCUGGUUCGACACGUGGCUGUACUGCACCGAGAAUACGGUGACGUAGUCCGCCUCGCGCCAGGCGAGCUUUCCUUUGGGGACCCGCAGGCCUGGAACGACAUCAUGGGCGGCGGUAGUAAGGACCUGAAGAAGUGGGCCGGGAUUUUCGGCGUGCCCAAAUUCAUGCCGACGCACGUCCAGAACACGACCGACAAGUCUCGACACCGCAUGCUGCGCAAGGCCAUGAGGCCUGGCUUCUCAGACGCCUCCCUCAGGGCGCAGGAGCACGUCGUGUCCAGCCACAUUGACGAGUUUAUCCAGAAGCUGCGGGAGAAGCGCGGCACCAUUGUCAACAUGGAGGUCUGGUACCGCUUCAUCGUCUUUGAUAUCAUUGGGGACUUGGUUUUCGGGGAGUCGUUUGGGUGCGCCAAGGGCUCCGAGUUUCACCCCUGGAUCCGCGAAAUCUGCGAGACCGCGGCCGUGAUGUCCUAUCUCAUGGCUAUCAACAUGUAUCCGAUCUUGAGUGACGUCCUCAACUUCUUGAUCGACAGCCUGGCAAAGAGCGGAUUCGCGGCGCAGAAGAAAAUCCUGGAGCCGAUCUUGGAGCGGCGGAUCAAGUACGGGAUGGACAGGCUAGACUUGGUGGCACCGUUGAUCGCUAAGAUGGAUGAAUGGAAAUGGACCAUCGACGACUUGAUACCGCAUGCCAUCGUCAUGGUCUGA